AGGUAACAUAUUUCAAAUGUGGAGGGGUCUCAUUAGGUGUUGGCAUGCAACACCAUGUAGCAGACGGAGCAUCUGGUCUUCACUUUAUCAAUGCAUGGUCAGAUGUUGCCCGUGGCUUGGAUAUUUCCCUCCCCCCAUUCAUUGACAGGACACUACUCCGUGCCCGGGAUCCACCUCAUCCUGUUUUUGAUCACAUUGAAUACAAGCCCCCACCAGCCAUGAAGACUCCCCUGCAGCAGCAACUGCAAUCCUCAAAACCAGUAGGCUCUGACAGUGCUGUGGCCGUCUCUACUGUCAAAUUGACCCGUGACCAACUGAGCACCCUCAAGGGUAAGUCCAGAGAAGAUGGCAACAGAAUCAGCUACAGCUCUUAUGAGAUGUUGGCUGGUCAUGUAUGGAGAAGUGUGUGCAAGGCAAGAGCACUUCCUGAUGACCAAGAAACCAAAUUGUACAUUGCAACUGAUGGACGGGCAAGGCUGCAACCUCCCCUCACCCCUGGUUACUUUGGCAAUGUCAUCUUCACCACCACUCCUAUAGCAGUGGCUGGUGAUCUCAUGUCAAAACCAACAUGGUUUGCUGCUAGCAGAAUCCAUGACGCAUUAAUACGAAUGGACAACGAAUAUUUGAGAUCGGCUCUUGACUAUCUAGAGCUGCAGCCUGAUCUAAAAGUUCUUGUUCGUGGAGCACAUACCUUUAGGUGUCCAAAUCUUGGUAUCACUAGCUGGGCAAGGCUUCCAAUCCAUGAUGCUGACUUUGGUUGGGGAAGACCCAUUUUCAUGGGACCUGGUGGGAUUGCAUACGAGGGACUAUCUUUCAUAAUUCCAAGCUCAACAAAUGAUGGGAGCAUGUCUGUGGCAAUCGCUCUGCCCCCUGAGCAAAUGAAAGUGUUUCAGGAAUUGUUUUAUGAUAUUUGAAGUGUUUUUGAAGUGAUGUUUUAUUUCUUAGUUUAAGUAUUUUUUUCAUGAACCGUAUAAAUAUCUCAGGUUACACAAUAUUGAUGAUAGUCUAUGCCUUGGCAAAGCGUGAUAAUCCGUAAGCACAAACGAGCUUUGAACCAAGUGUAUUAUCGACUUGAUGUCACAUGUGGACCAGAUUUGUGAGUCAGCACAAACCGUCUCCCCUUCACCAUCCCAGGAUAUUUGAUUGCAUUUCUGAAUGCUUGGUGUAUUUUUUCUCUAUAUUGUGAUGAGUAAUGAAGAAUGAUAUUAAUUAUCAAGUUUGAAGCCCAUAUAUAGUUUCAACUUUCA